GUAAUCAAUGAGUGCAAGUAAUUUGUUACUGCAUCUGUUGUAUUGUGUGUUGAUAUCUAUUUUUGAAACCAAAACUUUAGAAAACACUUAACCUUUGCAACUGUCGUUUAGUAGCUGAGUAGCAUUACAUAAUAAAAGAAAUCCAAGCAUGGCGCUACAAGAAGCUUUUGAAAAAAAUCUUAAAAAAUUUCAGGCUAAAAAUGAUUUACCCGUAUUUUUAAAAGGCGGACCAGCGGAUAAAAUUCUAUUUGGUAUUACUAUUGCCUGCUGUGGUCUUGGACUAAUGGGUAUUGUUCAAAUGGCAUAUCAAAUGGGUUUUAAAAAGAAAUAAGGUUAUAUAUAUACCACAAAUAUGGACAACAACAUUAAAAAUUUGCUAAAAUAACCGAAAUGAAAUAUAAACACUAUUAAAUCUGUGAAUAGAUUAUAUAA